CUUCAUAAUCCUUUUUUCUCUCUCUCCUAACUAACAAAAACCAAACCUUUCUACUCAUCAUAACAUAAUAACCAAAACAAAAACAAAAAACAAGUUUUGCAACCACUUUGUAAGGUUUAAUUCCUAGAAAGAAUGGCCUCAAUGAAUUCUAGUGUUCUUGCAUGCAGCUAUGCCAUUUCCGGCGCAGGCGGUGUAGAGCUUAGCUCAAAGGCAUCUUCAGUGCCUUGUGUAGCACCAUCAUCUUUGGGUGGUAGUGAGAAACUGCCUAUGAUCAAGGCACAAUCCUUGAACUCAAAGGAAGAGAAAUCUACUGAUGGAAGAAGAGCUGCCCUUUUUGGCUUGGCUGCUGCCCUUGUUGCUACUUCCUUCUCCACCUCUGCUAAUGCUGGAGUCAUUGAAGAGUACCUUGAGAAGAGCAAAGCUAACAAGGAACUGAAUGACAAGAAGAGGUUGGCAACAUCAGGGGCCAACUUUGCAAGAGCCUUCACAGUGCAAUUUGGAACCUGUAAAUUCCCACAGAAUUUCACAGGCUGCCAAGAUCUUGCCAAGCUACAGAAAGUACCCUUCAUCUCUGAUGAUCUAGCUCUGGAAUGCGAAGGGAAAGACAAAUACAAGUGCGGUUCGAACGUUUUCUGGAAAUGGUGAAAAGUACAAAAUCUUCUAAUUCAUUUCACCCUUAUUGAUGAAGGAUCUACUAGUCCCAAUCUCAUGUAUCAUGUACUUGCAAAGGAGAGGUGUUAAAGUAUUUAUUAGUGUGUUAGUCCAUGGACUGAGUUCUUGUGAAAUGUAACUAUUCCUUGUUUCAAA